UAAAUAAUCUAAACGCCUGAAAAAAAAAUCGAGCUUUAUGUUUUCACUUUUCUUGAGUCCUGAUUACGGCCUUGCUUGUUGGAAGGGAUGCAAUGAGUCCCAGCGAGAUGCUGGGGCUCAUUACAUCCCACAGAGGAUCGCUCCGCCAAACAAAUAGCUCGGCUGGUUCGGUUUAUAAGAACGAGCGAACGUUCACAAGUCAAAUGGUUAAAAAUAGUAAUAUCUUUUGGUGGUUUGUUGGUAAGUGCAGAUGUUUGAAAGUCGGGCGUUCAUAUCUCGGGAACUGCAUUAUAUUCCGUGGUGGUGUAAUGGUUGGCACACUUUACAUUGAAUCCAGAGGUCACAGAUUCGCUCUCCCGGCAUGGCAGUUCACAUAAUGGGUUUUAUUUGAAUCCCCACCCACCCUAUCCAACCAGUACUUUACUAUACAUGGAUACACCACAGUUGGCUGAUCGGUGGUUUGGUGUUUUAACCAAAUACCCACUGGAGCGCUUCUUUAGAGUACCCUUUAAUGGGAGCCAUUCUGCCAGCAGUGGCGUGAGCAAGAAAUUCCCGGGCUAUGCCUUCACCUUGUAUUACACGUCUCGUUUAACACACACCACUCGACUCUGUCUCAGGUUCCGCUGAAUUAAAUUUCGCUGGGUUCGAGUUGCUGGGAGAAGAACGCCAUGGCUAGCGUGGUGCAUCAAGACGCGGACUGUUCCAUUUGCAUGGACAAAUUCAACUGCCCUGCCACCCUACACUGCGGCCACUCUUUCUGCCUCCAGUGCCUGAUAGACGAAUCGGGGAAGGUAGAUAAAUUCACCUGCCCGCGGUGCCAUGCCGCGUUGUUAUCACGAUCUCUGCCCAAGGGAAGAUUUGCCGUCGACAUCGUGGAGCAGCUCAUAUCACAACACGGGAUGGGUAAACCGUGCGAAUUAUGCCAUGAAAAAAAGGCAGCCGGGGGGACGUUCUGCCUGCGGUGCGAGAUGUUCAUCUGCGAGUCGCACGUCGAGAGCCACAUGAAGAAUGAAAGGUUUACAGCUCAUGUGCUCGUGGCGCCUGGUACACUUCGCGAUGGCCAAGCUGGUGCCAAUCAGAAUGUCAGCGAAGGUGCAUAUCACAACAAGUCAGGUACAGAAAACUCAGUAAUAGUGCAUAAAGAUUUUCACUUAGUGUACGGAAAGUCACUGCCAUUGGUAACGCCAUCCGAUUACGUGAAAGUCAUUGCAAUCGUUGAGAAACCUAAUGUUCAAAUGAGUCAAACGUCGGCCAUUGUGAACAUGCUUCUUCCAUAUAUCAUGCAAGUCGUAAAGAUGUGGGGAGUCAGUAUUCUGCAUGCUGCAAUUAUCAGUGAGCUAGCUCAAGAAGAUAUGGAAACAUGCCACAGUAGCCAGUUCUGCAAAAGUCCUACUUUUGCAAAAACAUCGAGCAAGGCAGCUGCUUCGCCCCUUGCAUCACAGACACGGGCGUUGAAUGAAGUUCCAUUGUCUAGACUUGACUGUCUGGUUGCUCUACUCAGUUCUGCUGAUUGCACUGUGGUACAAGAUCUCAUUCAGAUCCUGAGCAAAUUCCCAGUAGCGUUGCCACUGGUGAUGCCCAACCUGGAGAAGAAAGGCGAAUACAAAGUGAUGCUCCCCCUGAUCACUGGCAACACUGUAAAGUGGGAGGUUCGAUCAGGUGUCAUAAUUGAGAACGACAUCUUCACCAGUCCUUUCAUACUGAUUUUAGCUGUUCGUCUUGGCAAUGGCACGUGCGGGAAAAGCACGAUUCUCAACCAGCUCAUGGCAGUGGAGAACAUGUUCUCAUCGUGUGGAGAACCUGGAGCUCGACGGGGACGCCCUUUGACCCUGGACGGAACUGUCGAGUUCACUUGGCUCACUGAGGAGACCUGCGGGGCUGGGCUGUGGAAGUCCGUCCUGCAGCAGUUUUACGCACGUGGAGGGAACGAGGUUGUGCUGUUGGCCAAUCUUCAUGGAGAUGCCUCUGAAUACCCUGACGUUAUCCAGUUCUUCAAGAAUUUAGCAUCAACCUACGUGGUGUUUAUGAUGCCAGAAAAGGGGGAACUUCUCAAAGAGAAAUGGAAUACAUUUGUCCAACUCUCUGGUUCACAAGAGAACAUCCAUUAUCUCAUGGUGGAUCCUGAUGAAGACUGCAAUGAAGCAGAAGAGAUUGUUAUUCACACGACGAGGCUCACAAAUGAUGACACGUUGAAAAAAGUACGAGCUAUGUUUAAAAGGGCCUUAAACUCAGCUGCAACCAAAAUAAAACGUUCAUUUAAGCCAGAUAUGUCCAAUCUUGGCAAAACACUGCAAUUAACAGAGGGGAUUAGCUGCUAUCAAUCACAGCGUGUGAUAGAUUUCAUCACUGAGAACACUUGCCAAGGGACAAGAAAUAUCAUGCAAUUUCAGAUGAAGAAAUCGGGAGAACGAAAUGCUCACGAUUUAUGGAAUGGCAACAGUGUUCUGCAAACGCUGAUACACUUAUAUUGUAAAGUUAUGAGGCUCCCUCUAUCAGAACGACUAAAAGCGAUGGCUCAUCUCGAGCAAAGUAUUGCACAGCUCUCGAAUUCUGAGUCCUCAAAACUGAGACAAACCGUCAUAGCAGAGAGAGAAGAGCUUCAACGUCAAAUACUCUUGAAUGGCCAAAACAAGUUGACGAUUAAUAACAUGAAAGAAAACAUCAAUGCAAACAUGAAGAUGUUGGGGCGAAUGUCUCUUGGUCCAGAGCAUUUUUUUCGUGAGUUGGGUCACAUAUACGAAUUGACAAACGAGGGCCAAAGAGAGAGUGGAGCUCUUUUGGAAUGUCCUACUUCAUACGCCGAGCUGCUAAUGAGUGGCCACGCCAUUGAGCUGCUAAACGGCGACACUGGAGAAAUGCCGGGUGCUUGGCUGACGGCGAUUUGCAAACACGUCACAAAAGCAUUCCCAAAUUUGCGCAUAUUUGUUCUUUCAAUACUAGGAUUGCAGUCUUCUGGAAAGUCCACACUCCUGAAUGCCCUCUUUGCCUGCAAGUUCGCAGUGUCCGUUGGUCGCUGCACUCGCGGUCUCUUUAUGCGGCUGCUGUUCCUGGAGGAGAAACUUAGUGAAACACUGAACGCUGAUGCAAUCCUGCUCAUUGACACGGAGGGGCUUGGAGCACCAGAGAAAAUGAAUGAUGAUGAUGCAGAACAAAAGGACCGAAUGCUGGCAACGUUUGCAAUGAGCGUGAGCAACCUGACUAUCAUAAAUGUCCUCGGGGAGUACAUGAGGGAUCUGACUGAGAUCCUACAGAUUGCAAUUGUGGCGAUGGCACGGCUGGAAAAGGCUAAAAUGUCUCCAGAUAUUCUCAUGGUUCAGCAUCUGACAGAGAGAAACACAUCAAAGACCUCUUCAGGACAGGAACAAUUCUGCAAAGCUCUGGAAAACGCACUGGAGCUCACGAAAGAAAAAGACGUUGACAUGGGAAUAUUAGAUGUCAAUUGCUUGACAAACUUAGCUGGCAGAAUCCAGAACAGAGAGCUUCUGAAACAGUUCCGUCCCUUCAAGAAUGGGGCAAGUGCCGGUGCCUCACCGUCAGAUCAGUACCACAAUGACGUGGUGGAUCUUUAUGAAACCGUCCUAAACGCAUGUCAAAAGUCAGAAAAUAAGAUGCUGUUCUCGGAUUGGCAUUCACUUAUACAGAGCUAUUGGAGUUGCGUCUCAAAUGAAAAUUUUAUUGUUCGAUUUAAAAACAUAAAGGAAAUUUACGAGUUUAUAGAUCGUGGACAGCGAAUUGCCAGCUUAAAGGAAACAAUAGAUGGAGCGUUUUCCGUACACGUGGAAGCUAUGAAACGUCAGAUACGAUGUGAAGUGACACUUUGGACACCAGAAGAGCAACGUCAAAAGCAUAGAUUGAUUUUAAAAAACUUUGAGAAUGAAUUAAAAACAAUGCCAAUGAAUUGUGGAAAUGACGCUUAUAAUAAUUUGGGAUGCGACAGAUGUACAGAAGUCAUAAAACAGACCAUCAGUUUAUAUGAGUAUGCUACAGAAAAACAGUGUGAACAUGAAACGAUGAAUACAAUUGAUGCGUACACCAAGCAUGUCCGCGAGUCUACAUUGACGACUUUAACACAAAUACUUGAUGCCACAAUUGUGCGGCACGGCUGCUCAGUGGAGUUUUUGGAGGAGAUUACACGCAGCUUGAAAGCUGCAUUAAGUCAAAGGCCAGCUGGUAAAUUCACUGUGCCUGAACGUGAACAACGAGUUGAAGAAAUAUGGGCAUCUCUUGUACAAAUUGCCAAGUCAAAGGAAAGUGAUAUCCAUGAUUGUGAUAAAAUUAAAACUGAAAUGGCUGACGUGUAUAGCACAGCACCAAAUGUCUUGAGUCGAUAUUAUGAUGAACUGCCGAUAUGUUAUUUGGGCCAAAGAGAGGCGUUUGAAAAAUCACGUUUUACAAUAUUGUGGGCAAAGCGAACAAUAAUGAAUGACAAUGAGCUCUCUUGGCUCGAAGAUGAGCUUGAUAAAAUUCCCAUGUCAAUUCUUCGUACCAGACAAGCGGACCACUUUGAACAUGGCAUGAUUCGUCGACUGAAAUCGGACAUAGAAGAUAUUCUAAAUCUAUUUCAAAAGGUUUUUCAUAAGAAACUUCUCACCGAGCUCAAAUGGGAUGCUCACGUCUACACUCUUCAGAAAUUUGGCCACCUCAUGUCCAUAUGCCAGGAGGAAUGGGAAAAAAAGCACAGUCCGACUUCAAUAUUGAAACAAAGAGAGGAGGAAUUCCGAUCACUCAUAGAUCUUCGCCUACAGCACGGCUUCUCGUCUGCUUCUGAAGGACGUAUCAUUUCCAAAUAUCUUCUGGAAGCAAUUAAACAGAAAUUAAUUAAGGCUGGGAGUUCCGAGAAAGUCCAAGCUGUGCUCGACCUCCAGUGGACAACCAAUAGUGAGAAGGUGCGGCUUCAGUACUUUGAGCAUUUAGCUUCCCAGGUGAAUAACGGUGAAAAAGCAGAGGCACUUCAACAUUUUAGUUGUCCAAAGCAAGCAAUAAACAGGUGGUUUACUCAGACAAUUAAUCAUCAUUCUCGUAGUAAGGAGACGACACAAUGCAAGAAAACAUUUAAAAGUGAGCUCCAGCGUGUUCUUGAGAAAGUCGGAAGUUGUACAGAUGUUACUGAAGUUAUCACUUUCACCCAACUUUACUUGACAGAUGUAGAGAAUGUCGAAUACAAAAGUUAUUUUGACCACCAAGAAAUAGCCAAGUGGGACUUGAAAGUCUUAAAAGACAGCAUCCUAGAUGGGCUUAAUGAAUCAGAGUCAACAGUGGACUGCACACAGUUGAUGUUCACAGAUCCAUCGAUGGAUGAAACAGUGAUGCGACGUCUAGGUUGCACGGAGAAGUGCUUUUGGUGUGGAGCUCUCUGCUGGGGAUCUCGUGGACACGAUAACAACGCGGACGAAACAAGAAAACACCAUACCUGUCACCAACCACGUGGCCUUGGUUAUACAAAUUAUAAAAACACUACUAAUUUAGUAGCAGAGCCUUGCCAUUUCACGUCAAAUGAUACAACAGUCACUUGGGGAAAUAAUGAAAUGAAGUGGUCUGCUGCGAAGCAAACAGAGUUCAGUCAUUGGAAAUUCGAUGCCCAUUGCAAUAAUACAUUUGAUGAGCUCAUGCGUUGGUUCUUUCAAGAAUUGCACAAAGAUAUUGCUGAGUCUAGAGAUUUGCUUCCAGCAUUAGAAAACGAGUUGAAAAUGUACAAAUGUGAAAACCUUCAUCUUGCGCCCAUACUAUCGACCAUUCGAGAGUUAAUCAAAUAGUACACGGGGCCUUAAAAUGGGGAUGGUGAACCAAACGAAAACAUGGAUUACAUCCUUAUUGGAUGAUUACGACAGUGUCCAAUCAUCAUCUUAAGAAUUCUGGAUGAAAGCCUCCCAAAGUCAUCAUUUGACAAGAUCAAUCUUCUUUUUAUUUUCGCCUCCAACCUCAUUUUUUUCACCUCCAUAUAUAUUUUAAUUUCCAAUCCAUUUCCGCUGCCCCAUGCUACCACCGAACCAUUUGCUGGACCUCACUUCCACAUCCCCUCUCCUCAAUGCUGACGCAUCUUGUCUUUAUCCUGGUAUUCGUGUAACGCUGUUUUUUUCCCUUCCACAUUGUUGAGAAUUUUGAGUGUGACGAUGACACUUUGAGUGACAGAUUCGUGCCAGAACGGUGCCACGUGUGUUUUUGCGCCAAAUUUAAUGAGGUACAUUUCGCCGAUCGCGCCCACCUGUGGCUCGAAAACGCCACUGCUCGCGAUGAUGCUGCUGCCCUAGAAGAACACACCUUGUCUCCAUCUCGUCUCCCAAGCGGCACAGCGCGGGUCCCCGGCCACGCGGUGAUCCCAGCCUCCAGUGAGGAGGCAGCGAAAUUUAGGCACCUGCGAUUUGUCUCCCUGUAGUGUACACAACUGUACACGGAUACUAUGUACAAUAAUACCACGUGUAGAAUACUGUACAAUAAUGUACACAGUAUCAGUGUACAGUACUGUAAAGUGUGGUACCGAUGUCUUCGUGACCCCCAAUUAAUUGACCCCUAACAUUUUCCCUUUGCAUACUAAUUUCCGUUUAAAAUCAAUCUUUAAUAAAAAAAAAUUUAGAGAAUAAAAUGGGGGGUUACAAGACAUUUGGUCUACCCUGUACAGUAUUAUAUAUGGGUACGUAUACAGUAUUGUACACUACGUAAUUUUUUUCUUUACAUUUACCGUACAAGUUACAUUUAACAGUUAUAUGGUUUGGUAGUAAGUGGAAGGAUAAUACAAAAAAUAGGUGUCGAUUUUGCAACUUUCACCCUAUCACAUAGAAGACAGAAAUAUAACAGGUGCAGUGGCUAAUUAUAAAUGACCAUUAGGUAUUUUAAAAAAACGCUAGAUAUUCGAUGUUUUUAGUCAUAAACCAUUUAUUUCAGUUAAAGGCCUUCAUUUUUCCUGUUUUUUCUUCCUUUUUAUAAUAAAAAACAGACCACACUUUAUUCCUGUUUUGGUGUGUGGCCUUAAACGCAAUACUUGCAUGAUGAAUUAUGACAAUUAUUAUGACAAUUCCAAAUCACAUUAACAUGUCCUUGAAAUCAAGGCUUGUUUUAGGGAAAGAGGUGUUGAUUGUGCCACUUUUACGACAUCACAGAACGCCGAAAGAUGACAUUUGGGUGUGGUGCAUGGUAAACAUAAAUAUCUAUUAUGUCUUUUAAAAAUAUUCGAUAUUCGAAUUUUUUAUCAUAAACGAUAACCAUGUAUUACAGUUAAAGGCUUUAUCCCUUUUGAUAAUUAAUGUCAUAAUAAGUACACAUGUUAAUCCUGCUUUUUUUGUCUGUGGCUUUAAACACAAAGUGCGCAUGUUGAAUGUACUGUUAAGACAAUUCCAAAUUCAAUAAAUAUAUCCUUGAAAUUAAGGCGUUUGCUAUGAAGCCUCUGUAAUUCCACAAGUGCUAAGCUGCAGUCAACGAGCUCGCCUCAUUACACGUGAACCCUGGCUCAUAAACGCAGUCGAUCAUCUGAACGUUAUACGUUUAAUGAGCGUGACCUUCACAACUGGGUGGAGAUGGAUCCAUCACAGGGUAAAGCUGUAACAUCCACAAAUAUAACAGUCAAUACAUUUAACAUUUAACUCCCUUCUUAAAUGCACAGCACCGGUGUAACUACACCAAGCAAUGGUAGAUGCCUCAGCAGACCCGAGCCAUACUUAACUCCUGUGGCACGUAUAGAGUGGGUGAAUGAGUGGGUGGGUGGGUCUUUUGGGUUUAAUUUAAUGUACGGAUAUAUGUUGAAAUUAUUUUCCACCGUAAGUAGCCGAUUUUGCAACUUUCACCCUAUCACAUAGAAGGCAGAAAUAUAACAGAUGCAGUGGCUAAUUAUAAAUGACCAUUAGGUAUUAAAAAAACGCUAGAUAUUCGAUUUUUUUAGUCAAACCAUUUAUUUCAGUUAAAUGCCUUCAUUUUUCCUGUUUUUUUCUUACUUUUUUAUAAUCAAUGUUAUAAAACAGACCACACUUUAUUCCUGUUUUGGUGUGUGGCCUUAAACGCAAUACUUGCAUGAUGAAUUAUGACAAUUAUUAUGACAAUUCCAAAUCACAUUAACAUGUCCUUGAAAUCAAGGCUUUUUUUAGCGAAUGAGGUGUUGAUUGUGCCACUUUUACGACGUCACAGAACGCCGAAAGAUGACAUUUGGGUGUGGUGCAUGGUAAACAUAAAUAUCUAUUACGUCUUUUAAAAAUAUUCGAUAUUCGAAUUUGUUAUCAUAAACGAUAACCAUGUAUUACAGUUAAAUGCUUUAUCCCUUUUGAUCAUUAAUGUCAUAAUAAGUACACAUGUUAAUCCUGCUUUUUUUGUCUGUGGCUUUAAACACAAAAUGCGCAUGUUGAAUGUACUGUUAUGACAAUUCCAAAUUCAAUAAAUAUAUCCUUGAAAUUAAGGCGUUUGCUAUGAAGCCUCUGUAAUUCCACAAGUGCUAAGCUGCAGUCAACGAGCUCGCCUCAUUACACAUGAACCCUGGCUCAUAAACGCAGUCGAUCAUCUGAACGUUAUACGUUUAAUGAGCGUGACCUUCACAACCGGGUGGAGAUGGAUCCAUCACAGGAUAAAGCUGUAACAUCCACAAAUAUAGCAGUCAACACAUUUAACAUUUAACUCGCUUCUUAAAUGCACAGCAACGGUGUAACUACACCAAGCAAUGGUAGAUGCCUCAGCAGACCCGAGCCAUACUUAACUCCUGUGGCACGUAUAGAGUGGGUGAAUGAGUGGGUGGGUCUUUUGGGUUUAAUUUAUUGUACGGAUAUAUGUUGAAAUUAUUUUCCACCGUAAGUAGCCGAUUUUGCAACUUUCACCCUAUCACAUAGAAGGCAGAAAUAUAACAGGUGCAGUGGCUAAUUAUAAAUGACCAUUAGGUAUUUAAAAAACGCUAGAUAUUCGAUGUUUUUAGUCAUAAACCAUUUAUUUCAGUUAAAGGCCUUCAUUUUUCCUGUUUUUUUUUACUUUUUUAUAAUCAAUGUUAUAAAACAGACCACACUUUAUUCCUGUUUUGGUGUGUGGCCUUAAACGCAAUACUUGCAUGAUGAAUUAUGACAAUUAUUAUGACAAUUCCAAAUCACAUUAACAUGUCCUUGAAAUCAAGGCUUUUUUUAGCGAAUGAGGUGUUGAUUGUGCCACUUUUACGACGUCACAGAACGCCGAAAGAUGACAUUUGGGUGUGGUGCAUGGUAAACAUAAAUAUCUAUUACGUCUUUUAAAAAUAUUCGAUAUUCGAAUUUGUUAUCAUAAACGAUAACCAUGUAUUACAGUUAAAUGCUUUAUCCCUUUUGAUCAUUAAUGUCAUAAUAAGUACACAUGUUAAUCCUGCUUUUUUUGUCUGUGGCUUUAAACACAAAAUGCGCAUGUUGAAUGUACUGUUAUGACAAUUCCAAAUUCAAUAAAUAUAUCCUUGAAAUUAAGGCGUUUGCUAUGAAGCCUCUGUAAUUCCACAAGUGCUAAGCUGCAGUCAACGAGCUCGCCUCAUUACACAUGAACCCUGGCUCAUAAACGCAGUCGAUCAUCUGAACGUUAUACGUUUAAUGAGCGUGACCUUCACAACCGGGUGGAGAUGGAUCCAUCACAGGAUAAAGCUGUAACAUCCACAAAUAUAGCAGUCAACACAUUUAACAUUUAACUCGCUUCUUAAAUGCACAGCAACGGUGUAACUACACCAAGCAAUGGUAGAUGCCUCAGCAGACCCGAGCCAUACUUAACUCCUGUGGCACGUAUAGAGUGGGUGAAUGAGUGGGUGGGUCUUUUGGGUUUAAUUUAUUGUACGGAUAUAUGUUGAAAUUAUUUUCCACCGUAAGUAGCCGAUUUUGCAACUUUCACCCUAUCACAUAGAAGGCAGAAAUAUAACAGGUGCAGUGGCUAAUUAUAAAUGACCAUUAGGUAUUUAAAAAACGCUAGAUAUUCGAUGUUUUUAGUCAUAAACCAUUUAUUUCAGUUAAAGGCCUUCCUUUUUCCUGUUUUUUUU